AUGGCUGCUUUUGGAUUCAUAAGCGCUCCUCUCAAAUCUACCAAUGAGGUCGAUCUCGUGAAGCCUCUCACAACUUACAUCGACAGCGUUUAUAAUACAUCGGAGGAUAAUAGAUCUGAUAUUACGGAGGCUGUCCAGGAACUUAAUAAACUACGCUCGAAAGCUUGCUGUCAACCAUUGGAUAAGCAUCAAAGUGCUCUUGAUGUUUUGACUAGAUAUUACGAUCAACUAGUUGCAAUUGAAAGCAAAAUAAUAAUCUCUGCAACUCAGAAUCCGGUUAUCUUCAAAUGGAAAGAUGCCUUUGACAAAGGCAGUCUUUUCUCCAGCCGUGCAUCACUAUCCUUAUCAGACGGAUCGUUCGAACGUGCCGCAGUCCUCUUCAACAUUGGCUCCUUGAUGUCUCAGAUAGCAGCAGCUCAACAAUUCCACACUGAUGACGAGAUCAAAAUUUCUGCCAAGUUGUUCCAACAAUCAGCUGGAGUUUUCGCUCGUCUUCGUGAUGUUGUUCUUGGAAUGGUUCAACAGGAACCAACUCCUGAUCUCAUGCCUGAUACUCUGGCUGCACUAUCUGCGCUGAUGGUUGCUCAAGCCCAAGAGGCUAUCUAUAUUAAAGGACAUAAAGAUAAAAUGAAAGCAGUAUCAAUGGUGAAAAUAUCAGCUCAAGUAGCCGAAUUCUAUGCCGACGCUCAAAAGAUGAUGACCAAAGACGUUGUUCGUGGAUUGUGGGAUAAGGAGUGGAGCAGCAUUGUGAACGGCAAAACUAUUGCAUACCAAGCUCUUGCGCAAUUCCAUCAAUCGGAAGUGAAUGGAGAGAGUCGUCAAAUUGGAGAACAACUUUCUCGUCUAGCUGAAUCAUUGAAGUUGUUUGAAACCGCUCAAAAGUAUUUGCCAAAAGACAUCACUGGUAUUUGGGAUAUCUAUCCAACAGUCAGCAAGGCACAUACUGCGGCCAAAAAAGAUAAUGAUUUCAUCUAUCACGAAAGAGUCGCUGAUUUCCGCUCACUCCCGGCUCUUCAAAAAGCCGUCCUCGCUAAGCCAACACCAGUCCCAAAUCCAAUAACACCUAACUUUAGAGACAUGUUUUCAUCACUUGUCCCCGUCCAGGUUCAUAAUGCUAUGCAAUCGUACGACGCUAGGAAAGCAGAGCUCGUAAAUAUGGAAACCGUUCGUAUGCGUGAGGCAACACAGUUGAUGAAUGGUGUUCUUGCUUCUUUGAAUCUUCCUGCUGCUCUGGAUGAUGUCACAUCUACCGAAACUCUUCCUGAAUCUAUCAAGAUGAAAUCAGCGAAGCUAAAACAAAACGGAGGCAGUGCCGAAAUUAUGCGGCUGUUCAACGAACUUCCCACGCUCUAUCAGCGCAACGAGGACAUUCUGACUGAAACUAGCCGUAUCCUUAAUGAAGAGAAAGAAAGUGACGACAACAUGCGUAAGCAGCUCGGAACUAAAUGGUCUCGUAUGUCUAGCGAUCAGCUUACUGGUCCACUUGUCACUGAAAUUGGAAAGUAUCGAGGAAUACUUCACACCGCUUCUAACGCUGAUAAAAUGGUCAGAGAAAAGUUUGAAGCUCAUCGACAAGGAAUUGAGUUAUUGUCGAAAAAUGAGACAGAACUCCGAUCUUCGAUACCUGGACAAACUGCUCAUGCUACUGGUGAAACCGAUACUGUUCGCCGUCUGAGACAAUUGAUGACUGAAUGGAGCGAAGUCACUACAGACAGAGAACUUCUCGAGAAAGAAUUGAAGAAUACCAAUUGCGAUAUUGCAAAUGAUUUCUUGAAGGCUUUGGCUGAGAAUCAACUUAUCAAUGAGGAGCAUAUUUCCAAAGAGAAAAUUGCACAAUUGUUCGGUGAUUUGAAGCGUCGAGUUCAAGUAUCUCUCGACAAGCAGGAAACGCUAAUAAACGAAAUUCAAUCCUCUAACAACAAGUUCACUGGAGAGAAAACUGGAUCUAGCACGGGAGCUGAAAGAGAGCGUAUUUUGAAGAUGUUGGCUCAGGCUUCGGAUGCCUACGCAGAGUUGAAAGCCAAUUUGGAAGAAGGGACAAAGUUCUACAAUGAUCUCACUCCGAUUCUCGUUCGUCUUCAACAGAAAGUUAGCGAUUUUGCAUUCGCCCGCCAAACGGAAAAGGAGGAUCUGAUGAGACAGCUUCAAUUGAGUAUUGUUUCCGCGCAAACUGCCAAAGCUGUCGUCGAUGGUGUGAAUAAUCUGGUAUCAUCUUAUUUUACUUCCGGAACCAGCACUGCUCCAUCGCCAGCCAACGCUCCACCACGACCACCACCACCACGUCCAGCUGCUCCAAGCGUAGAGUCUCCAAUUCCACCUCCAAGAACACAACAAGCUAUGCAAGCUACACCUGGAGCUCCUCAACAACAAGCUACGUAUAAUCCCUAUCAGCAGCAGCCACAAAUGCAACAAUUCCAACAACACCCUGGAUAUUAUCAGCAACAAGUUCCAUACGGUGUGUUUUUGUGUUUCAUGACAUUACUAACAAGGCAACCACAACCACAAAUGAUGUUCCAACCUCAAUACCAACCGACAUUCGCUGCUCCAUACCCAACGUUCCCUGGAGCCUUCCCGUCAUACCAACAACAACAGUGGCCACAACAGCAACAACAAGGAGGGUUCCCACCGAAUCCACAGUUCGGACAGCAAAACCAACAAGGAGGAACCAAUCCAUUCCAGUAG